UCUGACUCCGGCAAACAUAAAAGGGGGGAUUUGGACCGCUUCCCGUUAAUCCCACUCCUUGAUGGUACCCGCUAAAAACAAAGUACCGUAACAUGUGUCGGCUCUUCAUGCCACAACAGACGAGGUCACCGUGGGCGGAUCGGAGGACGGAUACACACUAGGUGGCCCCGUGAACCGGCGAUGCUGACCCCUGAGAUUGACAUCACAAAAGGUUAUUUGACAGCUGAACAUGGAUUCAAACAAAGUAAUGCACAGGCGAAGACCCGAAGCCCCGUUAUUGAGGCCGGUAACAUCCACUAAGGACAGGAAGGCAUACAGGAUCCCCACUGUUUGCCUGGAGGUCAACAAAGUCAUCAGUCUACUCGAAGGUCCAUUGACAGCUACUUUAAAGGAGAGGCACCUUUUCACACUCAAGAAACUUCUGCAGAGGUCCCAAAACGGCUUUAUCUUAAAAGAGCUGUCGGCAAUCGGCAGGAUCCUCAAUAUAUGUGCGGAGAGGGCAAAGGCCCACCCCGAGUAUGUCUCUGUGUUGUGUGACGCACUCAAAAUCUGUGGACUUCCCUUCCUGAAGGAGAGAGCGUCCGAUGAGAUCGCCUAUGCCUACGAUGUCAAAGAAUUCCUCUCUGUCAUGGGGUGUUUGAUGAGAGUGCCGAGCGUGGAAGUGAGACACGAGCUGUGUAGCUCUCUCAAGUCCUUCUACAGCCACGUGGCCCCCAGACACCUGCUCGACGGGUUCCAUCCCUCCAACCCAGGGUACCGGCUGCAGGUGCUGGAGCAGAGCUGCGUCGCCGAGACGAUGGUCCUCUCCAUGGCAACCCUGGAGGACCAGCCCGCCGUCAGACUGCUGGUCCUGCACACCCUGCAGAUGAUGACCAGCACCUCAGACGCCAACUGCGCCCAGAUCCUGAGGGCCCGCGGGGCCGAGACGGUGUGCCUCACCAUGAACCAGGCCGACCCGUCGGGCCAGGCGCUGUUCCGCUCCUCCGAGGUCCUGUGGAACCUUCUGGAGCGCGGCUGCAGGGAGGCCGUGACCCGGCAGCUCAGCACCAUGCAGUGUAUCCUGGCCCUGAAGGAGGCCUUCCUCCAUCAGCUGCUGCGCGGCUCCAGGCAGUACGACCUGCAGCUCCGCAACGACCUGCUGGUCAUCACCACCCUCAUCGCCCAGAUCCCCAAGUCCCCCCUCAUAGAAAGUUUGUUUGCGAAGCAGCUCGUCGUUUUCGUCACAUUCCCUGAACUAAAAAGUCACAACCCUUUGGUCCGCAACCUGAAGCUGACCUACAACAGCGAGGACUUUGAGAUGAAGACUCUGCUGCUCAACUGGCUGGUCUGCAUGUCCAAGGACCUCUCGGCCCUGCAGCUCUUCCGUGAAGGCCGGGUCAUGCUCGCCCUGCUCACGCUGGCCAAGGCUCCGCGUAACCACGGCGACGGCCAGUCGCCCCGGGGCGGCGCCGGGCGCCACUGGUCCUCCGGGCAGCAGGAGGCGCUGCAGCUGCAGGCCCUGGCCACGCUGGCCCUGGUGGGCCCCCUGCUGGUGGAGGACUACACCAGCUGCCAGGGGAACACCUGCCUGCUGCUGCUGCUGGAGUGGUGCGCCGGGCAAGACACCUACUUCGGCCAGGGCCACAGCUUCCACGGCGCCGGGGGGCGGGGCUCUAAGAAGGCCCAGAUGCGGUACUGUGUGCGGGCGCUGCGCUCCAUGACGGCCCUGGAGGACGAGCUCCUCAGCCAGGACCUCUGCGACCAGGGCGCCAUCGGACAGCUGCUAGGGGUCCUCAUGCAGAUGGAGGACGGGACCCCCGAAGAGGACCAGGAUCCCAUCGGCCUGGAGAUCAAGUCGGACAUCCAGCUGGUGCUGUCCGCCCUGUGUGAGACCGACCUGCACAGGAAGGAACUGUUUGGAGCCGAGGGAGUGGAAAUGGCCGUGCACUUCCUGAAGAUGAGCCCGGAGAAGUUCCACAGCGGCCUGGGCCACAACCGCCUCAUCCUCUCCACGGUGGACUGUGUCUGGUCCUGCAUCGUGGGAUGCUACACCACCGAGGACUACUUCCUGGCCAGAGAGGGGGUUUUCCUCCUGCUAGAUCUGCUCAGCUGGAGCCCGCGCUGCAUGCGGGGCGUGGUCCUGGCCACGCUGCUGGACCUGUGUGACAACCCCAAGACCCUGUCCCACGUCAUGACCUGGACGGGCUCCGGGGGCCGGACCGCCCCCGCCCUGCUGCUCCUCCUCUGGAGGGAGGAGGAGGCGGAGCUGGGGGUGGGCCGGGACCAGCAUGGACGCAUAUCAGACCCCACCAGGCCCCUCCUCAGCUGCUACCAGGCCGUGUCCGACACCUCCUUCAGCGCCGGCCAGCCCAGCCCUGCCGUGCUGGACCUCUCGGAGAACCUCCGGGCCAAGGUGUUCUCCAUCUUCUGCAAGCUGGGCUUCCACGACCUUCAUGGACUGUCCACCGCGGACCACGUGACCCUCAGCAUCGUCAAGAGAUACCUGGACUUCAAGGUGGGCGAGGUGUGGGGCGAGGUGAUCCAGGAGCUGGCGCUGGAAGGCGUGCGCCCCGUGCGGCCGGACGCCGCCGCCCUGGAGGCCAUGCGGAGGAUCGCAGAGGACACGGCGAGCCGGGUGGCCGAGGAGCAGAGCGCCAUCCUGGAGCGCCAGGAGAAGGACGAGCUCACCCAGGAGGAGAUGGUCUACACAGAGAUCAAGUCCCGUCAGAGGCAGCAGGAGCUCAACACCGAGGCCUGGGACCAGUACGUCUCCAGGACCUCAGACUACAAGGUCCUACAGGAGGUCAGAUCUCAGAGGGAGAAAACAAUGGACCUGUCCCGGUCCAAGUCCAAACCGGACAGCGGCGUCCGCCACCCGUCAGAGAACUUCGUGGGCCGCGUGUUGAACCUGGAUAGCGCUGGGGAGCUGACACUGGAGAGAGUGCCCCUCCGUGGGGUCGCUCAGCAGGCGGGGGGGCCCCCUGGUGGCCGAGAACCAGAGUACUUCAGCACCGUGUCGGUCACAUAACCCUCCUGCUCCCCGCCCUCGAUUCUUCCACUUGAGUCACUAUUCAAAAGCCAAACGUCCAGAGCUUAGUGUGAGGAUUCACUGUUGACUUAAUAAAGCAGUAGAGGACGUUAAUAAGGCAGUUUAAUCGUCUUAUUUUGUUAGCGGAAUAACCCUGUGUCAGACGUUACUUGUAUGGUUCGAUGUUUCAAGGCUUCCUGUGUGUAGUGAGAGAUUGGCGAACUCUAGAAAAAGAUUAUCUUU